GUGACGCCCGGAGGCAGCUGCAACUGGUACGCAAGCACCUGGCGGCUGCUUCUACUCCUGGCAGCUGCUUCUACUCCUGGCGGCUGCUUCUGCACCUGGCGACUGCUUCAGCAAAUGUCUGCCAGCAGCACCACCUGGUCGCCUGCAGCAGUUCCCCCUGACGCCCUGCAGUACUUGAAGGCCUGCAGCACCGGGCUUGCAGCAGCUCCCCCUGAUGCCCUGGCCGCUUGCACCCGGUGCAGCACCAGCAGCGAGUGGCAGCAGUAUCAGCAGCACCUGCAUCACCUUG